UUUUCCUUAAGCUUCAUUUUGGGAUCGACAUGGGUUGCACAAGGGCCUCUUCAACUCUUCUCAUGGUCGUCGUGGCCAUCUCCGUGCUCGCACUAGACCAUUCCGUUGCUAAUGCUCGCCAGGUGAGGAGCCCGUCCAUGUCGACCGGAGAGCACCAUCCGUCUAGGAACAAGGAAGCACUGCAAGCGACGACGACGAAGGAGCACGGCGCGGUGCACACCGGGGGCGGCGCUGGAACCGUGCACAUGAGUCCGGGAUCAACCGGAGAAGCAGGCGUGGUCGGACAACCGAUCUUCGGCGGCCGCGGAGAAAACAGCAGCCCCGCCGCUGCCGAGAAGGUAGCAGUAGUGGUCGCGAGAUAUGGACCCAGGCCUCACCCCAAAAAACACAACUAAGCUAGUCUGACUCUGGGGUGCCCGUCCAAGUGUCUGCCGCCUGUAUGUAUUUCUUGUAGCCUAGGCGCCUAGCUAGUGUCUCAAUAGGUAGCAAGAUAGGAUAGGAUGGAUCAAACUACUCCAUACUUAUAUGUUAUAUCGUAGUAGUGUACUAGCCCAGUUAUUAAUUUCGUCACGUAUAGAACAGUACUGAUCGAUGCUUACUUUCAAGCCUUUGGUAUUUCAAA